AUGGCUGAUAGUAAAAUUAGCAAAGGGUAUGUUGAUAUUCAGGGCUAUGUCGAUACUAAGAAGGACGAGGCAUUAGAUGUCUUGAAAAACCUGAAGGUAGAACUCUGUUCAGCAGAGAGCAAGCCCUUGAGCAGCACUGGUCUGCCAGAGGAGGCAACCACCGAAGCUAUAUCCCUGGAUGUGGAUGUGGAGGAGGAGGAGACGAUAGCUGGAGAAUGGAAUAACUUGGAAGCAUCUCUGGAGAAACUACCACCAUUAGGGAAAAUCACAAAAACCGAAUCACAGGUUAUUGUAUCUCCUAGUAAGUCUGAAAGUAGACAGCUACGACGACCCAGGAGCACGUCACUAAAGGAUCGGCACAAUACAAAGACACAAGGUGACAGAGCCAGCAGUUUCGACAGCGAGUGCAGCGACUCCAGAUUCAACACUCAGGUCCCUCGGAAGUCUGUAUAUGAUCAACUGAACCAGAUCCUAAUUUCAGAUGACCAGCUGCCAGAGAGUAUUAUCCUGGUGAACAUUACAGACUGGCAGGGACAGUAUCUGUACGAACGUCUCCAUGAGAAGAGCCAGCCCAUGGUGUGCACAUGCUCAGUGGCAGAUAUCCACGCAGCUUUUAACACUAUUGUUACCAGGAUACAAAGAUUCUGUAAUUGUAACUCACAGAUGCCCCCUCCAGUCAAAGUGGCACUGGCUGGGGACCAGAGCUUCCUCAGCACCAUCCUGAGGUUCUUUGUCGAGCAAUUAGCAAGCAAAACUCCAGACUGGCUGAAUUAUAUUCGCUUCCUGAUUGUACCGCUAGCUUGUGAGUUCAAUGAGCCCUCUCUCUGUUCAUUCUUCCUCGAAAGACAAAGUACAACACUUAGCACUCAACCAAGGACGUCCAGUACGCCAUGGGACACGGAUAUCCACCCUCUGCCGGAAGGUGUCAGCUGCGGAAGCUGGACCCGAUUGCAGCUCGUGUACGGGGCCGACUGGGCGACCAUUCGCCCUACUAUUGACUUUCCCAACCAACCCUGGGACAACACUGCUGUCCGGGAGAAAUGGCUGGACAGCACCGUGAAGGAUGCAAUAAAUGCCAGCGCAAGACAGCAAGUCGACUUUGGUGCUGUAACCCGGUGCCUGCAGAGAGCAGACUAG